UUCAAUAUGGACGACGUGGAAUGUUUCCUAAAGUUACAAAACUGAAAGUGUCAAAUCAUAUGUCUUCCUUUCAAAUCUGAAAUUCAAAAACAAUAUACAAUUUUAGUAUAGUAUCUUUUUAGUAUGAGUAAAAAUUUUGAAAUAGCAAAAGAUCUUCAUUCAGAGAAAUCGACAACUGAUUCGGCAACCAGGUCAAAGAUGGGAAGAAAACUACAGAUCGUCCGAUUUCUAGUCAGAAUCUGUGUGGCAGUUGCAGCAAAAUUUUGGAAGUUGUGUAGUUCAGCUUUGCUUAUAUUGUUUUUGGUAUAUUGGUUCACUGGCGCCUUGAUAGCUUUAGGAUUCUUUAUAGUGGCUGUGAUAGGUAUAUUUUUCAAUGCACAGGACAUGUUAUUAUAUUACCCAGAGCAGCCACCAAACUCUAGACUUUAUGUUAUGUUACCAAAUGCCUAUCAAAUGCCAUAUGAAAACCACUUUGUGAAUACUAGUGAUGGAGUUAAAAUCAACUUAGUUUUAGUCAAACAUCCAAAGCCAAACGUUCCGACCAUUAUUUAUUUCCAUGGAAAUGCUGGUAAUGUUGGACACAGGUUGAUGAAUACUCAUGCAUUAUUUGAACAGUGUAAAUACAACAUUUUAUUAGUAGAGUACAGAGGUUAUGGUAAGAGUGAAGGUUCUCCAAGUGAAGGAGGUUUAUACAAAGAUGCAGAGGCAGCUAUGGAUUUUUUAUUAAAAAGGACUGAUAUAGACCGUAACAAAUUAAUAGUUUUUGGACGCUCACUAGGAGGCGCUGUAGCUGUACAUUUAGCAUCACAAUCAUUAUAUGAACGUCAUAUAGCUGUAUUAGUGAUAGAGAAUACAUUUUCAUCGUUACCUGACAUAGCUAGAACAUUAUUUGAUUUUCCAUUUUUAAAAUAUUUACCAGAUAUACUAGUCAAAGCUAAAUACAGAUCUAUAUCUAGGUUACCUACUAUCAAAGUGCCAACAUUAUUUUUAUCAGGUUUAGCUGAUAGUCUUAUACCACCCAGAAUGAUGGAUACUUUACAUACUGUAUCUGGCAGUAAAAAGAAAAGAAUUGUACGAUUCCCUGGAGGAACACAUAAUGAGACUUGGAUGUCUCAAGGAUACUAUCAGGCUAUUAUUAAUUUUGUUAAUGAGGUUUUAAGAACAAGAUCAUUUGAAACAGACACAGAAACUAUGGUUAAUAUGACAACUGUGUAAUGAGCAUCAUUGUUACCAUGACAACCAUGUAAUGAGCAUCAUAGUUACCAUGACAACCAUGUAAUCAUAGGUACCAUGACAACUGUGUAAUGAGCAUCAUUGUUACCAUGACAACCGUGUAAUGAGCAUCAUAGUUACCAUGACAACCGUGAAGAUGGCAGAUAUUGCAAUGAUCAUGGCAACCUUGUAAUAAGAUAUUUUGUUAACUGCCUCAGCACCAAAAGAUAUCAAAAAUAGUGUAUGCAUAACAUUUGUUGCAAUGAUGUCUAAAUGUUGAAAUAUGGAUAAUAUUUUUCACUACAAAUUGAUAAAACUAUAAAUUUGUGAACUAUACUGGAUUAUUGAAUGAAAUGAGGAGCCAAAGUUCCUUGACCUCCAGAAGGUGAAUGAUAGCUCUGCUGUAGGAUUGAAAAUUCAACCACUAAAUUGUUUGGGUUAUCUCCCUUUUGUCAUUUAGAAAAAUUACAUGCAUAUGAAUUAAAGAUGAUAACAAUUACCAAGCCACAUAUUUUAUGUGUUUACAUUUGGAAGGCCUUGAAACACCCUAAGCUUAUAUAAAAAAAAUAUUUAAACAAAAAUUUAUUAUGAAAAUCCAAUACAUUUUUUUUACUUUAAAAAAAAAAUGUCUUCAUUAUUAAACAUAUUUUUGAUUGGAUUUUACAAAUAUCAAAUCAAUAUCUUCAAGCUAUAACUAAUACAAAGUUAGUGUGACAUUUUGGGGUUUCUGUUCACACUUAUAACAAGAGUAUGUGAAGUUGGGAUUUUGCACUAUAACAUAUUUGGAUUUAAAAUUAGAAAGAUCAUAUCAUAGAGAACAAACAUUUGUACUAAAUUUCAAGAUGAUUGGACUUCAACUUCAUCAAAAACUACCUAGACCAAAAACUUUAACCUAAACUUCGCAAUAUCAUUUUCUAUGUUCAGUGGACCGUGAAAUUGGGGUAAAAACUUUAAUUUGGCAUAAACAUUAGAAAGAUCAUAUCAUGGGGAACAUGUGUACUAAGUUUCAAGUUGAUUGGACUGAAUGUCAAAUUUUUCUAUAUAGGCUUGUGUGCAAACUUCGGGAAAAACCAUGAAAUUAUAAAUACACGAACAUGCAAGUUGAUGAAGUUGAAGACAAAUUAACUUGAAACUUAGUACACAUGUUCCUUGUGAUAUGAUCUUUCUAAUUUAAAUGCCAAAUUAGAUUUUUGUCCCAAUUUCACAGUCCACUGAACAUAGAAAAUGAUAGUGUGAGUGGGGCAUCCAUGUACUAUGGACACAUUCUUAUUCUUAAUGUUAAGUCUAUCCCUAUCUGUUAUGAGUCAAGUUUUGAUGUUUCCUAUCAUAUCAUUCAAUAAUGAUGCAGUGCAUUGUUGGUAAAUCUUAAUUCUAUAUUUGUUAAUUAUUUGUUGUUAUUUAAUACCAUAUUGUAUAUGAAGAUAGUAUUUAUAAAUAAAUAAAAUUGUGAUU